GAACUUAUUGAUUCUAGCUAAAUAAUAUUUCGGUCUGAGUGUUUCUUUGAACGAUGCUUUCAUGCGAUGCUGUAUUGCAAAUUUCUGUUGCGUUUGAUAAUUUUGUAAAUCUGUAAAUUAGCCUCUUGUGAUAGUUCUGGUUUUCUUUUGUGGUAGAACUUACGCCGUUGUAUUUACAUACCUGUGCGUAUCCGAAGGCACAUUCGGUGGAAAAAGCUAUUUGGUAUUUGUAAACAUCGAACAAAGUUCAAAAUGACUGGUGGAACUACCACUGAAAAGUCAGCUAGUAAUCCUUUAGAACAGUUUAUGUUGCUUGCAAAAACUGCUAAAGGUGCAGCUGCACUGGAGCUAAUAAGACAAGCUGUAGAAACGCCAGGUGUUAAUGUUUUUGGAGAAUUAUUAGAUAUGCCCAAUAUCAAAGAGCUAGAAAAUGGACCUUAUGUUCAAUAUUGGAACACAUUGAACUUGUUUGCGUAUGGCACGUACAAAGAAUAUUUGGGAAAUAAAGACAAAGUUUUGGAAUUAACACCUACGCAAAAGAAAAAGCUUCAACAUUUAACAAUUGUUACAUUGGCCACAAAGUCCAGAUGUAUACCUUAUUCUAUAUUAUUGGAGGAAUUAGAUAUAAAGAACGUUAGAGAUUUAGAGGACUUAAUAAUCGAAGCCAUUUAUGCGGACAUAAUACAUGGAAAAUUAGAUCAAAAGAAUUCACAAUUAGAGGUAGAUUAUGCUGGUUUAGGGCGCGACGUUAGACCCAAUGAUACAGGUGUGGUAGCUGAAACAUUAGCUGCUUGGGGUCAAGCUUGUGAUACUGUGUUAGCGUGCAUUGAAGAUCAAGUUACGAAAGCUAAUGUUGAAAAACAGAAAGCCACUUACCACAAAGAGAGAAUACAAAGAGACAUCGCUGACAUAAAGAAGUUGCUUGCGGUACAAGCAGGUUGUGGUGGUGGUGUACAGGAGGCUGAUAUGGCAGGAGGUAGUUCAGGGACAGGGGGAAGCGAAUCUGUUAGAGAAGCAUUAUCAGUUCCUCCAGAUCCAAAGAAGAAACAACAAAAGGUCAAAGGUAGUAAAGGCAGUGAGUGUUUCCUGGAGUUUCACGGAACAGAACUUUACGUCGGUUCUAAUACGAAAGUUUGAAGAAACAUAAGAUACCUACGGACCAAACGAUGGAUACCGGGCUCAUUCGUACCCAAAGUCUGGCGAAACGCAUUUUCAUCGGGUCCUAUAAAAAUCCAAAACGUUCGAGUCCAUCACACACACGUAUGUAAACGUAAUUAUUCGAAAUAGUAAUCGUUAUGACGUACAGUACACUUAUUUCUGCGCAAUUAUUAUUAUCGGAAAACAACUUCUACGGUACGGGUUAGAGUGGAUAUGUUUAUCGCAGAUUUGCAUGUUUAGUCGCGACACCACGGAAGGUGUUUGCAAUUCCUAACGACCGUAUACAAUACAUCAAAUGCUAUAGAAUAAUUUUCCAUCGUCGUACGUUCACUUUUCUUUUUUUUUUGUCUCGUAGAGAGACCGAAGCGUUAACGUUACGUUAAACAUUAGAGCGACUAGAUGUUGUGAGAAAACAUUCCAGCACGCAACCGUCGCGUCCUUUAAUUCUACGUGUAGCAAUUCCUAUAGUCUGCAGAGAGGAUUCGAAAAGAAGAAAAAGAUUUCUACGUGUCUACGGUUCGUAUAAUCACAUCUCAAAAAUUUUCAAGUGAAUCGUUAAUAGUUUUGAAUAUUUAACUUUCGUUUCAAACUGUUUUACGUCUUACGUUUUAAAUAAUAUUUACAGAGAAUAGUUUCUGUACAGAAGACU